AUGAAUCAAUCGAAUGCCUAUCACUAUAUGUUUAAAUUUAUAAUUAUUGGAGAUUCUGGUGUCGGAAAAUCCUGUAUUCUGUUACAAUUUACUGACGACAGGUUUGAUGCCAGAUCCGAAUGUACAAUAGGUGUAGAAUUUGGAACAAAAACCAUUGAUCUCGGAUCAAAAUAUAAUCACUUGAAAAUCAAGACACAAAUAUGGGAUACAGCUGGUCAAGAAGGUAAUUAUUAUCGUGGAUCUGCUUGUGCUUUUUUAGUUUAUGAUAUUACGAGAAGGAGUACUUUUCAAUCAGUUCAAACGUGGUUAACUGAUGCUCUCAGCAACAGUUCAAAUCAUUCCCAAUUGGUUGUUGUUCUCGUUGGAAACAAGUCUGAUUUAAAAUCUCAAAGACAAGUUUCAUAUAAGGAAGGUUUAGAAUUUGCAGAAAAGAAUAACAUUCACAUAUUUAUGGAAACAUCAGCAAAAACAGCAGAAAAUAUACACAAAUCAUUUUAUGAAAGUGCAGAGAUAAUUUAUAGAAAGGUUUUAAAUCAUGAAAUAAUGGUUGGAUUUGAUGAUGAUGUUGUUGGUUCUGGUGUUAAGGGUGGAGUGCUUUUGGCCAACCAACAAUCGAAUAUGUCCACAACCCCUUCGAAUACAAAUCGAGUGAGAGGAAGUGAUUUAGCAAAUCAAACCUCUCCUCAAAAAACAGAAAAGAAAGAAGGGUGUUGUGGUGGAAAGUAA